ACAAAAUCAUGUUGGAAUCUCCAUCUCGCAGUCGGACUGUUUUCUUCUUGUUUUAAACCAAAAAAGAACCAAUCCAGAUUUUGCUUCCGAAUUAAAUAGUAUCCACCAUCAGUGGCGGUAAUUGUGAUUAUAAUUUAUAUUUGUCAUCUUUUCAAAAGUGACCUAAAACAAUAGUGCUUCCAAAAUAGCACCUGAAAAAUGGAUUUCGUUUGGCUGACGUUGAUGUUCGGUCUGGUUGUUGCUGCGUCUGCAAUUCCAAAACCCGACGACAAGCACAAUCCACUGGAACAUGAUUCCGCCCACAAAAGUCACUUCGAUGGCGAGGAACAUAACACCCAAUACGACCACGAAGCGUUCCUUGGCGAAGACGAAGCCAAACAAUUCGACACUUUGUCGCCGGAAGAGAGCAAACGUCGCCUGGGAUUGAUUGUGGACAAAAUCGACGACGACAAGGAUGGAUUCAUCAAUCUUUCAGAACUCAAGAAAUGGAUUCAGUUCACACAGCGGAGAUACAUUGACGAGGAUGUCGGCCGCAUGUGGAAGCAACACAACACUCUCAAUGAAAGCUCGAUUCACUGGGAAGUCUAUAGACACAAUGUUUAUGGGUUCUUGGAUGAGUUAGACCCCGAGGAGCUUGACCGUGAGGAGCACGGAAUCUCCUAUAAGCGAAUGCUCGCCCGCGAUCGUCGUCGUUGGGGUGUUGCUGACCAGGACAACGAUGAUAAGCUGACCAGAGAGGAAUUCACUGCCUUCCUGCACCCAGAAGAUCACCCAACCAUGAGGGACAUUGUCAUCAUCGAGACCAUCGAAGACAUCGACAAGGACAAGGACGGAAAGGUGUCUGUGGAAGAGUACAUCGGAGACAUGUAUCGCUCCUCAGAGCCCGACGACCAAGAACCAGACUGGGUUAUCCAGGAACGCGAUUCGUUUGCCCAACACAGGGAUAUCGAUGGAGAUGGCUUCUUGGACAAGGAGGAGGUACGAGCCUGGAUUGUUCCCAAAGACUUUGACCACGCCGAGAGCGAGGCCAGGCAUUUGCUCUUUGAGGCUGACGAGAACGAAGACGAAAAGCUGACGAAAGAAGAAGUACUGGACAAGUACGACUUGUUCGUCGGAUCGCAAGCCACAGACUUCGGGGAGGCUCUUGCCCGCCAUGACGAGUUCUAGGCCCACUUGCCCGAAUCUCUCUCUCUAGCCAUUCUGAUCAAAGAUUACUACUUAAGCUAUGACGACGAUGAAUCUCAAUCUGGAGUCUACACAUUCAAAAAUCUCUCUCUCUCUUUUACAACUGGAGACUGCUCCAGUGCCAGCAGCAGCGUCAUUAACAAAUUUUUGUUUUUAGUUUUUUACUCUUAGUUGUGUAAGUUUUUAAAGUAGAUGAAAAAUUUUAUAAAAUGUUUAUAAAUAAGUUGCGAGGAAGCUCCUGGAGAUUGUGGGAGCCGCAUUGGCUCCUAAAACGAGCUCUCUCCUCUGCCAAAGGAAGUGUCAUGGACAGAUCAAAAGUAUGGAUGUCGUUUAUCUUUUUGUUGCAUUUCCUAAAAACAAAUGUAUUGUAUUUUUAUUUUCUGUCAAGAAUCGAAAAAUAAAAAGAUAUUUUUAAAACUAACGAAAGCGGAA